AUGGUAUCAUCUUUCUCUCCACGAGUUCGAACUUCUGGUGGAGUGGAGUCUGUGAAAGUUGUCGUACGAUGUCGCCCAAUAUCGGAAACCGAAGCUGCUGCUGGACACAAAAAUGUUGUAAAUAUGAAUACCGAAAGAGGUGUUGUCGAGCUGUGGGAUCCAAAGUCGUUAAUGGAACCUGCGAAGACAUUCACUUUUGAUGCACUUUUUGGAAUUUAUUACAGCCGUAUCAAAAGUUCAAAGCAGAUUGAUCUUUAUGAUGAGACGUUUCGCGAGCUUGUUGAUUCGGUUCUCAACGGGUUUAAUGGUACUAUUUUUGCAUAUGGCCAAACUGGCUCCGGAAAAACCUAUACAAUGGAAGGUACACAUGAUAAUGAAGAACUUCGCGGAGUAAUCCCAAAUUCAUUUGCGCAUAUUUUCCAGCAUAUAGCGCAGUCACACAACCAACAAUACUUAGUUCGGGCUAGCUAUCUCGAAAUAUAUCAAGAGGAAGUUCGCGAUUUGCUGAGCAAAACUCCGGAAGUAAAAAUGGAACUACGGGAAAGACCAGAUACUGGAGUUUACGUUAAGGAUCUAACCUCUUUUGUUACAAAGUCAGUAGAAGAAAUCCGACACGUGAUGUCAGUGGGACGAAGUAAUCGUUCGGUCGGGCGGACUAACAUGAAUGAGCACAGCAGCAGAUCCCAUGCCAUAUUCAUUGUGACUGUUGAGUGUAGUGAGGUCGGUCCUGAUGGAGAGAACCAUAUUAGAGUUGGAAGAUUAAAUUUGGUAGAUUUGGCUGGUAGUGAACGGCAAUCAAAAGCGGGAACGUUUGGAAAACGCUUCAAAGAAGCCACCAAAAUCAACCUUUCACUGUCUGCGCUUGGUAACGUCAUAUCUGCUUUGGUUGAUGGGAAGAGCACGCAUAUUCCUUAUAGGGACUCAAAACUUACAAGACUUCUUCAAGACUCUCUCGGCGGUAACGCGAGAACAAUAAUGGUUGCAAAUAUUGGGCCGGCAUCUUUCAAUUACGAGGAAACGCUGGGAACUUUGCGUUACGCAAACCGAGCAAAAAAUAUAAAGAAUAAACCAAGGGUUAAUGAGGACCCAAAAGACGCACUUUUGCGAGAGUUUCAGGAGGAAAUAGCUCGUCUGCGCGGGAUGCUUGAAAAAAGGGCUUCGUCCGCACAAAGGAAACGUAAACGGGAGAAAAAAGCCACUGUGGGGGUUUCAGCUGAAAUCUGCAAUAAUUUGUCUUUAGAUUCGCUGACUGCUGAAGAUUUCUUGAACGAGCAGCAAGCGAAGCUUCAAAGCGAGAAAGAGGCAAUCAUUGCUAACACAGAACUUAUAGAAGAGGAAAAGAAACAAAUUUUAUCAGAGUUGGAAGAACGUGUGCAGCAAUUAGAGGAGGAGAGAAGAGCUCAGUUGGCAGUUGCGGAGAAAAUUAAAACUAUGCAAAGCAAAAUGUUGUCAGGGGAUGGCAAUCUUCUUGAUCAGACAAAUGAACAACAGAAGCUUUUGGAUCAACGGAGAAGGCAGCUUGCUGAACAAAAGAAGAAAGAAAGAGAAAUCCUCCAACAGCUUGAAGCUCAAGAAGAUACCACUGCCGAAAUCCAUCAAACGUUCGCGAAUUUGCGACAAGAAGUAGAAGCUAAAACGAGGAAGCUGAAGAAAUUGUAUUUAAAACUGCAGCAGGUGAGGGCAGAAAUAGCGGAUGCUGCAAGUAGUCACUCGCAAGAACGACGAGAUCUUGAGUCUUCUGUGACCGAAAUGAAUAAAGAAUUAAAGCUGAAGUUACUUAUAGUCGAAAACUUUAUUCCACCUGAUAUAAGAGAUAAUUUACGAGAACGGGCCUACUGGGAUGAUGAUGAAGACACCUGGAAACUUGGCAAACUUAACGAUGUGCAGCAAAAAAAUGGUACUUCCGAGGACGUGCUUGUUGAAAGUGCAGCAGACUCAGGAGUUUUGGCCAGUGAGGCUUCAACAAGCAUCAUCUCUUCUCCGCCCUAUAAAAACCUACUUGAGAAACGUCCUAUUUCAAUUCCUGGUAUGCGUCGUCCAACGACAGAUUUCGAAAAAAUAAAUCUGAAUCAGCUGCGACGGAAAUUACGAGGGCAGCAGUUGCGAUACGCAACAUAUCCUGAAAAAGUCUGUGGAAUUGCACCUGAACAGAUUCUGAGGUACUCUGGUGAGAAUGUUAUUGUGUUCCUGUCUCUCGAAAAAUUGGAAAGGCGAACCAAGUCUUAUAAGGAAGCCCUCUUUGAAGCAGAGAUGCAGAAAGACUUAAAAGACCGGAGUUUACUAAUUGACGUCUCAAAGAUUCCACGCUUGAAAACUGGUGUAAAAAAUAGCAAGUCAUCAGCUGCAGGGCAAGAGAUUCCCAGAAGUCGAGAUUCGAGGCUUGGGUCGUCACAUUCAAAAAACUUGCGCGCCCGCAACGUACUAACAAAAACUACUAUUGGAGUCAGCGGAAAUAUGCUUCUUUAUUCCAAAGCUCAUGGUCUCGUAAACGGAGGCCAAGAUUAGCU